GCGUUUCCACGGACGCCCAGGAGGCGACCGGUGGCGGACCGGCGGCGCUGCCGGGCACUGUAUGGCCGGUCUUCUGUCAACCUCUGAACAAAUCCUUUGACACGCUAGCCAGCCGUCAACUUAGGUCCUGGAAGAUGGCAGACAUGCCCAAAGGCGAGCCCUGUGCCUCUCCGCUGGAGCUGUUCAACAGCAUAGCUGCUCAAGGGGAGCUCGUGAGGUCCCUCAAAGCCACAAAGGCAAAAGAGGAUGAAAUUGAUUCUGCAGUAAAGAUGUUGCUAUCAUUAAAAAUGAGCUACAAAGUAGCCACGGGGGAGGAUUACAAGGCUAACUGCCCUCCAGAGAACCCAGCACCUGGGAGUAACAGUGACGCAAAUGCUAUAGAACCUGAAGUGGAUUUUGUGGACCCAUGGACAGUGCAGACUAGCAGCGCAAAAGGCAUUGACUAUGACAAGCUCAUUGUUCGGUUUGGAAGCAGUAAAAUUGAUAAAGAACUAGUAAAUCGAAUAGAGAGAGCCAUCGGCCAGAGACCACACCGCUUCCUGCGCAGAGGCAUCUUCUUCUCGCACAGAGAUAUGAAUCAAGUUCUUGAUGCCUAUGAAAAUAAGAAGCCAUUUUAUCUGUACACGGGCAGGGGUCCCUCUUCUGAAGCAAUGCAUGUAGGUCACCUCAUCCCGUUUAUUUUCACAAAGUGGCUGCAGGAUGUGUUUAACAUGCCCUUGGUCAUCCAGAUGACAGAUGAUGAGAAGUACCUGUGGAAGGACCUGACCUUGGACCAGGCCUAUGGCUACACUGUGGAGAACGCCAAGGACAUCAUCGCCUGCGGCUUUGACAUCAACAAGACUUUCAUCUUCUCUGACCUCGAGUACAUGGGGAUGAGCCCAGGCUUCUACAAGAAUGUGGUAAAGAUUCAGAAGCAUGUUACCUUCAACCAAGUGAAAGGCAUUUUCGGCUUCACCGAUAGUGACUGCAUUGGGAAGAUCAGUUUUCCUGCCAUCCAGGCUGCUCCCUCCUUCAGCAACUCAUUCCCGCAGAUCUUCCAGGACAGGACAGACAUCCAGUGCCUUAUCCCGUGUGCCAUUGAUCAGGAUCCUUACUUUAGGAUGACGAGGGAUGUCGCCCCUAGGAUUGGCUAUCCUAAGCCAGCCCUGCUGCACUCGACCUUCUUUCCUGCCCUGCAGGGCGCCCAGACCAAAAUGAGUGCCAGCGACCCCAAUUCCUCCAUCUUCCUCACCGACACAGCCAAGCAGAUCAAGACCAAGGUCAACAAGCACGCAUUCUCCGGAGGGAAAGACACCAUUGAGGAGCACAGGCAGCUCGGGGGCAACUGCGAUGUGGACGUGUCUUUCAUGUACCUGACCUUCUUCCUUGAGGACGAUGACAAGCUCGAGCAGAUCAGGAAGGACUACACCAGUGGAGCCAUGCUCACAGGCGAGCUCAAGAAAGUGCUCAUAGAGGUUCUGCAGCCCUUGAUCGCCGAGCACCAGGCCCGGCGCAAGGAGGUCACUGAUGAGAUCGUGAAAGAGUUCAUGACGCCCCGGAAGUUGUCCUUCAACUUUUAGUAACAGUUAUUUUAUAUAUGCUUAUAUAGAGACAUAAUUUAUCGGUAAUCCCAGCCCAAUCACAUUGCCACUACCUGUAGGCUUCUGUCAUGUGGUAAUUACCAGGCCUGUCUGUAAAUGUGUUAUCAAUACUGUUUCUUCCCAUUCAUUUAUCAUUUCUGUCUCUUGUUGGCAAAACACCACAGGGUGAUUGGGUGUUGGCUAACAUUGCAUGGUCAGUUAGAGAAGUCCAGCUGUGAGACUCUCCCACAAAGCAGCCCCAAGGAUGUGGAGCUUCUGGUUGGAAGUCCAUAGGCCAGCCAGUUCUGGUCCACAGAGGACUGUCCAUUUGAAAGCAGCCUAGGGUUCCAAAGAUACUCUCAAAACCUGUUCUAUCAAAAUAUGUAUUCUAUGUAUGUAUAUAUGGAAUUAAAAUGUCAUUAUUGUAAAACUCAAAAAUGCUUUGAAAAAUUGAUGUCGGAAAUUUUAAUGGGAACAAUAUCAGCCCACGCCAAAAAAAAAAAAAAAAAUUGAUGGCUAAAAGCUUUGCUCCACAUUUGACAAGUCACUUUAAAGCUGCUUUUAACAUUGAAUAUUGGACAGAAUUGGACAGUUCUUAUUAAGUUGGAUCUUGUGAGUGAAACUCUCCAGUUCACUUACCAUGCAUGUAUUGCACUCCAGAAAUCAUGCUCAUUUUCCUUAACUUACUAGUUAUUUUUCUACCAAAUGAUCUUAGACACUCCAUCUUGUGGAAACCAGUGGUCGCUUUACCUCUGAUUGUGUAAGAUGCUGAGGAGAGUCUGUUGCCUUUGCAGAUGCUUGUUUUGACACUGGACUGAAGUAGAAGUCAGCACAGAGCAGUGCACUGGCCAUGUCCCUGGGUGGGUAGAUGUAGCUAGAAAGAAAAGCUUGGUGCAACCCUUAAGCCCUUGACAGUGUGUCUGUGGGCCAGCCACAUGUGAUCACUCACCAUGCUAGUCUGGAGAAAGCAGAAGCCAUAUCUCAGGGAAAGCCCUUGGUUGAAGUAUAUGCCCUUUCCAAAGGCUCAGGGUCUACUCCUGGGUGCUCUGAGCCAGUGUCACCGUUUGGCAUAAAUAAACUUCCUCCGCCCCUGUC